AUGAGCGAAAAAACUCGUAACCUUAUGCUUAAAAGCUCAGCUGCGCCCACCAGUAGUCAACAGUACCAUUCGAACAACGUCCCACUGCCAGUCUUCCGUGGAACCAGCUUGAUAUCGCAACUCGAAACACAAAAAUAUCCGACAUCCUUCACAGCGUGCUCUUCUGAUUUUGACAAUGUAAUCAUUCCAUCUUGUCCAAGCAUUCCGAUGCCGACUCAAUCCUCAUCGAGUACGGAUACGGCCAUGGAUUCUUCUACUUGA